GUUAAAGCCCCAGACGAAAAGCAUCUUUCCUUCUCAACAGGAACUGAAACUCACGCUCCUUAUAGGCUUAUAGUUAUACUAACCAGAACUAACCCUUUACACGAAAUUUCAACGACAACUGUGUCUUCGACGAAAUUUCCCACAGCAGCUCAAGUUUCUCUCAUUGUCAGGAAAUCUUGUUAUCUUUUACUGGAAAACAUGACCUCGGUUGCUCAGGGUUUCACUAAGUCCCUUGCAAUGACCGUGCUAUCGGAGAUCGGCGACAAGACUUUUUUUGCUGCUGCGAUCUUGGCCAUGCGUCACCCAAGAAGACUUGUUUUGUCAGGUUGCUUGGCAGCUUUGAUUGUGAUGACUAUCCUUUCUGCUAUCGUUGGCUGGGCUGCUCCAAAUCUGAUCUCUCGUACUUGGACUCAUCACAUAACAACAAUACUGUUUUUUGGAUUUGGGUUUUGGUCAUUGUGGGAUGGAUUUAAUGACAAAGGGGAGGCUGAAGAAUUGGCAGAAGUUGAAGCUAAAUUGGAUGCUGAUUGGAAAGCUAACACAGGAACCACCAAAGGUGGUAGCAAGGACGAUGAUGAGUUGAAAAAGCGGAGGCGGCCAUUUCUUUCACAGUUGUUCUCGCCAAUACUCUUGAAAGCAUUUUCCAUUACAUUCUUUGGUGAAUGGGGUGACAAGAGCCAGAUAGCCACCAUUGGCUUGGCUGCUGAUGAGAACCCAUUAGGUGUAGUUCUUGGUGGAAUUGUAGGGCAAGCAUUGUGUACUACUGCCGCUGUUUUUGGUGGAAAGAGCUUGGCAUCUCAAAUAUCUGAGAAAAUAGUUGCAUUGUCAGGUGGAGUUCUUUUUAUUAUUUUUGGAAUCCAAUCCUUCCUAUCAACGGUUGAGUAGACCCAUCAUCUAACUAGCAGGAUUGAAACUGGUUAGGUAUAACUUUCAAACAUCAAGAAGGUGAUCGUUCUCGAAGGACAUGACAAGAUUAUUUACAAGAGCAAUUGCUCAAAACAGAAAUUCCUGAUUCGAAGAGCAGUAGCAUAUUUGAUUGUCAAAAUCAAUGGCGUGUUAUAUACUCUACUUAAAUGAUAUUUUGUUGGAUCUUGAUAUAUCUUUACUUGAAUGAAGUACGAGGCACCAAAUCUUCCUGCUCGCAGUUGAUUUUCUGCAUGCAAUUUUU